AUGUUUCUAAACCGUCGUGCAUUCCAGACGUUGGAGCAGGAUCUCGGUACUUAUGUCACACUCGUGGGACCAUUCAUCCGCUCGCUGUGGUCGCUGGAGGCAUCCCAUGCGAACACUUCAGAUGUCUUCGUUUUUUGGCUCGCAAUUGCUGCAACGCUGGAAGAAUUAUUCGCAAAGGGUGAAGAUCAGACAGGGAUACCAGUUUCCCUCGCACGACGCAUUACUGCCAUCUUCAACAGCCGGUGGAAGGAAUUUUUCGGUAACGAUGUUUAUUUCGUUGCUUUUGUGCUUGAUCCACGUUAUCCUCUCUCAGACAACAUCAUGAAAUCAGCAUUGGCAGCCCCAACCAUCCGUAUACCAGCACAGAUACCAAACACGUCUGCAAGUGCUGAGCGUCCGAUGCCUCAUCCACGUGCUUACCAUCGCGUGAAAGAAUUUCUCAAACCUAUGCUGCGCGCAAUGGUAGAACACGAUGAAGUACACGAACUCAAAGACCCAAUCUCACUGCUUGUGCACGAGAUUGGAGCAGCUGGUGUUGUUGAUGAGUUCAGACGUCAACUCGAGGCUUAUUUUCACAGCGAGUGGCCAUUCAAUGCCCCCCUUCAAGAUGGAAACACUCUCGUAUGGUGGAACAUGCUUCUACCUCAUCCCCAUGCUCGUGUUCUUGCUGCUCUCGCCGUCAAAAUUUUCUCAGUACUGAUCAACUCAAUGCCUGACGAGCGAACAGGCUCAAAGCUGACGUGGCUCAACUCAGCGAUACGUGGCAACCAAAAUGCUCAAACACUCGUCGAUAUGAUUCAGAUUGGCCAGUGGUAUGGUACAAAGGUUGAAAACUCGAGACCACGCAAGGAACCCUACCGCCCCACAGUCAAGUUCCGCGAUAUCGACAAAGACCUCCUUCGCGCUGUUGCCACAGGAGUCAAGCCAGCUACUGACAAUGUCACACCUGACGUGGACACUGGACACGACAGCGAGGACUCGGAGGACUUGCCGGAUGAUGUCGAAGAUGACGUCGUAGACCGUCGCGAAGAUGAUGAGAUGCCGGAGGACGAUUUUUUGCAGGUGGACGAAGAUAUUCACCUUGGCUCUCCUUUAUUGCGUGAUUUGAUCUCUACGGUACCUGUCGUCGGCUCGCAGAAUGUUCGAGCGGCCCAGGACAAUGUGCCAGUGUCGAAAAAGAGGGCGACCAACUGGAAUUUCUCAUUUUUCACAAUUUUUCACUGUGAAACCUUUAUUCACGCUGUUGAUAAAUCGUUUUCAACUAGUUAA